AACACAUACGUAUAUCGCGAAAGAUAGCAAUUUUUCUUCUUAUCAAUCACAUAAUAGUUAUUAAUGCAUGUUGUAAUAUAUAUACUGUUAAUCUGUGAUCAUCGCGUGGUGCGGUUUGUGGUGUGUUCCAUUUUAUAUACUUGGGGCGUUCGCACGCGCCAACCUAAGACGUCGUGACGUCACAUAUGGCAGAUAGGAAUUACGCUUACGAUCCGGUCGACACCGGCACACCAGUCAACCAACAAACGUUCAGAAUGGAGGGCGGGCAGCUCUGGCGGCAAUACAUCAUCGCCGGCGUCGCGAACAUCGCGAUCGCAUCCACUGGUUACUCAAUGGGAUGGACCGCUCCAAUCAAUAUCAAGCUCAAAGACGAGAAAGAAUCCCCGCUGGGAAGACCCGCUACAUCCGACGAGCUAGCAUGGAUGGGCUCACUUCUAAACAUUGGUGCCAUUCUUGGACCGUUCAUCGGGGGUUUCGCAGCAUCGAAAGUAGGUAGGAAAUGGGGCCUUUUGAGUUCAGUAAUCCCUCUACUCAUCGGGUGGAUUCUGGCAGCAGUGGCAAGCAACAUGGCGUUAUUAUACGCUUGCAGAAUUUUCUGGGGUGUAGCCGUAGGCAUGCUCUUCACAAUAUCACCAAUGUACUGCGCGGAAAUUGCUACGGACGACUCGCGAGGAGCUCUCGGUUCUUUUCUCCAAAUGUUCAUCACGAUUGGAUUCCUGCUGGUGUACGGAAUUGGUCCAUCGAGCAGCUACGGCGCGGUGGCUUACGUCGGCAUAGCAUUUGUAGUUGUAUUCGCCGUGGGUUUCUUCUUCAUGCCCGAAACCCCGACCUACCAUCUGCUGAAGGAGGACAGAGAGGCGGCGGCGAAAUGCCUCUCCACUAUCAGAGGGAAAUCUCGCGCAGGUGUCGAAGCAGAAUUGAGUAUCAUUGCAGCUGACGUAUCUGCUUCCAUGGAAAAGACUGCUACGGUUGCGGACGUAUUCCGCGGAAGCAACUUCAAGGCGUUCUACAUCUCCUGCGCACUGGUGUUCUUCCAGCAGUUCAGUGGCAUCAACGCUGUACUCUUUUACAUGACGGACAUAUUCAAGGCUUCUGGUACUGAUAUGAAUCCCUCGGACGCCACUACCAUCAUUGGUGCUGUGCAGUUGGUAGCGUCCUUCAUCACGCCGUUCGUGGUGGACAGACUUGGUCGCCGACUCCUUCUGCUGGUAUCGUCAUGUGGAACCGCUAUUGGACUCCUUCUACUCGGCAUGUUUUUCCUGCUCGACUCGCUUAAAAGCCCCGUCGUGAGUAGCAUCAGCUUCCUGCCGAUUCUGUCGUUGGUGCUGUUCAUCAUCACCUAUUGCUGGGGUCUAGGACCAUUGCCCUGGGCGGUGAUGAGCGAACUCUUCCCAAUCGAGGUGAAGGCGGUCGCUUCGCCCAUCGCUACUGCUUUCUGCUGGAUUCUCUCCUUCCUCGUUACUAAAUUCUUCCCUUCGAUAUCUGAUUCUAUCGGUAUGCACGUUGGUUUCUUCAUCUUUGGAGCUUGCUGCGUGAUGGCAUUCUUCUUCACACUGUUCCUGGUACCGGAGACCAAGGGCAAGAGCUUCCAGGAGAUCCAGGAGAUGCUGGGAGGCGGAAACAAAAAAUCUGAAAAGGCAUAACUUCGUUCCAGUGAAAUUGACAACGAGUAAAAAAAAUAAUCUUAAUUUAAAGAGUGUGCUGAAUGGGACCAACUCUUUAUUGUAAUAAUUUAAAACAAAACGUUGCCUCGCAUCCUUAAUUUGUUUAAUUUUUAAUUUACGUUUAUUAUAAAGUUUAUUUCACGUUACUUAUAAUUAGUGUUAUUAUUUAAUAUUGUAAGUAAAAACGACUAGAUUAUGUUAUAUUUAGACCGAGAAAUUUAUAAACAAAAAUGUGUCAAAACGAAAUAUCUUAAUUACCGAAUGUUUACAGUUAGUAUAAAUCCCAAUUUUCAUCUGAGAGACAUAGUCGCUGUCUUGGAAAAAAAUUCUUUGAAUUUUAACAUAUUUAAAAUAUUUGACAAAAGUACGUAACAAUACAGAAAAAGUUAAUAUAUUUUAUAGUUCAUAUUGCAUGAUAUACUACACUAAAGAUAGUUCCUAUUACAUUUAAUGUAAAAACUCCUUUUUACAUUUACUAUAUAAAUGCGUUUUUCAAGAUGGCGGCUAACAAUCAGCUUAAAGUUAGUUAACAUAUUCAACUUGAAGAAACGGUGAAUUGGAUUAUUUAUUUUGUUAAUCCUUCUAGAACUUAUUUUACAAGUUUAGAUGUAAAAAUUAAAACAUUAACAUUUUUCAUAAAACAAAACAACUUAUAUUUAGUUAGGUUAUUUUUAAUAUUAGUCUUCUACGGAUUUCAUUUUGCGCAAAUAUGUCAUAGGAGAUUUAUCGUGCUUAAUGUCAAAAUAAAACAUUCCCAUUUAGAAUUUAUUAAGUGGUGGGUAAUAUUUAUAAAUAUUGUUAAUUAUUAUUAUUAUAGCUUAUUAGAUAAUCUUGCAAAAAUAGUAUAUAUUGAAAUUGAUAUCACAUAGGAUGUUUAUUACAUUACGUUUUACUUAAUCGAGAGCCUAAUUUUAGAUUUUAAGAAAGGGAGGCAUCAACUUACUAACUCAGUUCAUCUUGUCAAAAUGGCGCUUACAUAACUGCUUUUAAAUACGAUUACAUUUUCCUUAAUUUAGGACAACUUGAUAUCCUAACUCUUUACUUUCCUUUAUUUUAGUCCUAAAUGUAUAUAUAUUCAAGUAUCAUCCUUUCAACUGUCUCUUUCGCACAUAUACGCCGCACUCUUUCGCAUAACGGAAAUUAAAAUCGGUCUAUAUUUUUAUAGAUUAUUUAUAAAUUAAGGAUAUAUAGUACAUUAGUAUUAUUCCGUAUAAUAUUCUGUUAAAUGUUUAGAUCGAUAUGUUUAAAUUAAACGACCAUUCAAAAUGAUCGACGAUCGAAUCUUAACUUAUGUUUUUACAACACUAAAACGGUAAAGUAAUUAUUCAACUUAAAAAAUAUAAAUUAUAUUUUGCAAUCAGUAAAUGUUGCAAUUGCAGUAUAUUAAUUUGACAUUUUUAUUUAUUAUAAAUAAAUUACUUUUGAAUAUAAUAUAGGUAAUAUAUAUAAUAAGAUCGCCAUACAAUAUGCCCAAAGCAACAUACCAAAGUGAAAACACUUACGCAUAUCUAAGUAUGGUUACUAUGUGUGAUAAUAUUAAAUAACGAAUUUUAUUGUUACAUUUUUGUACAUAUAUUUUUUAAAUGAAAUUGUGAUAUUGUUUUUAAAUAAAUUUUCGUAAUUAUUCCA